AUGGAAACCUCUGUUAUUUUUCCUGGAGAGGCUGAAGCAUAUGUCCAAAAUCUGGAAACAUUCUCACUCAGGAACAUUGGCCCUCCAAGGUAUGUCUGUCUAGGAGCUUACGUUAGCUAGCUAACUUACUGUAGCUAGGUAGCUAACCAUGGUAACAAAUAUCCUCUGAGCUAGCCAAAAGUUGCAAGCUAGCUCGCGCUACAGCAGAUUCGUGGCUGCAGUGUUCCAUUCGUUGCUUCUUAUUUGAUUGACAGGUGGUUCAGACAACAUGACUACAUAGAGCAGGGUUCUUCAAUUCCGGUCCUGGAGGGCCGAAACACUUCUGUUUUUUAUUUCUGCCUGGUAGUUAAUUGCACUCACCUGGUGUCCCAGGUCUGAAUUAGCCCCUGAUUAGAAGGAGAGGAUGAAAAACAGAGGUGUUUCGGCCCUCCAGGACCGGAAUUGAAGAACCCUGACAUAGAGAAACUCAACAUGCAGGCGAUAAUGAACGCUUCAGCCACUCAGGAAGAGUUUAUCAAGGAGCUCCUUGUGUCACUGGGAAAGUUAAUAACAGUGUCUUAUGACGUAUCUGUGAAGUCACCUGUAUAGGUAUGUUACUGUUACAUGCUCCGUUUUUUUGUAGACCAAAAAGAUACAGGGCAGGCUACUGCACAUGUAAACAGGUCAUUCAUUGUCCGUUUUCUUCACCCUAGAUCCCCACCCUGGUCCAUGAGAUGAUUCUGGUGGAGCUUUGGAAACAGAAGGUGUUUCCUGUUCUCUGUCAGCUCCAGGACUUCAACCCGAAGAGCACCUUUCCUCUGUACAUGGUGAUGAGUGCAUAAUUGGCAACAAUGUUACAUUUCAACUGGUGAUAUACUGCAGUGCUUGUUGUACCUGUACUCCCUAGAAGUUUCCAUCUAAUCUCCGCCUCUCAUCUGCAGAUUCACCAUGAGGCUACAAUCAUAAACCUGCUUGAGACAAUUAUGUUUCACAAGGUGAGAACGUAUUUGUACCCUUGCCUCAGUACCAGCACCAUUAAUCUGUUUGCAGUGUCUGUCUCAGACAUCACAUAGGCUACAGUUUGUCCUAAAUACAGUCAACGGCGUAACCAGGGUUUGAGUUAGUGAGGUCCAGAAGGACAUUUCUUAAAAGUUUAAGCUAAUUUACUGCAUUUCUAUACAAUUAAAACACUUUUUAAAAUACUAUUUGGAGAACAGCAAAAACAAGCAAAAAUGCCCCAACCAUUAUCACCUCAGUCGAUCUACAAACACAUAGCCUAUUAGCUAUACAAUUGUAAUGUUAUACCCCUGAAAGGGGGGAAAUAUGAGAAAUGAUUCACACUGACACGUAGCAUCAGCGACUGUUCAGUAAGUCGUAAUGAUGAAUGGCAUAAAAUCAUCAACUCUUUACAUAUAUUUAUUUUCUCAAAUUACAUAGCAUUCAAAUUUGUAUUCCUAGGGCAUCACUAAUCAAGCUCCGCACAAACAGAUAUCAAUUGAGCACACAAAUGAUCGUAUUAUCACAUGAAUUAUUAGAAUGUUACUUACGAUUCUGUAUUAAUAUAAGUGAUGUAAUGGUUAAAAAAAAGUGGGCAAUGGGUAAACUAUAAACUCCAGUGGGCGAUCGAGAUAAGACGAACAACCACCUAUUUAAACAAAAACGUAUACAAAUAUUUUUAACUGUAUUGUUUGCAUUUUGAUUGCAUUUUAAUGUAGGCCUAUAGGGAAGAUGUUCAUAUUGAAACAUUUUUUUUUUACUAACUUGUUUGCUAAGAUUAAUACAGAUUUUCUCAGGGGACCCGACCCAAGUUUGGAACCACGUACUACUCUCUCAUUCAGCGCCCUUCAUUGCAGCCUGGCACCACUGUACUAACCCUCUCCUGCCUUGCUGCUCUGCAUGCAUGGCCUGCACCUCACCACUGUACUAACUUCUUCUGUCUCUCUGCUGCUCCGCAGCUGCGCUGCAGCUCACCUGUACUAACCUCUCUCUGUCUCGCUUGCUCAUCAUGCAUUGCAGCCUGCCCGCCUCACACUGAGGGUCACAUCACUGUCUGUCUCAGUAGCCUACUCUCUGUAAAGAAAAGUUAUUAUCAGAAUUUAGUAGCCUAUUUUUUGCUUCUGCUGAGGUAGGCUCCGUUUAACGUUGGUCAGUGCUAUCCGGAAUCCUUGGGACAUCCCUACCAUAAACCUUUACCCCUAACCUAACCAUAACUCUUACCUUAACCAUUUAAAAUGUCAACUUCAAUGGGGCGGGGACAUCCUAAGGAUCUCGGAUAGCAAGGACUGUUUAACUUUAGCUUCUUACUUCAUCCUUCUAGCUUGCUAAGUAAUACCUGCCAGAGCCCUUCAACGUUACUGCAAGCUAGCCACCUGACUGACUGACAUAUCUAUAAGCGACUAUUUACCAGUUGUGCAGUCAUUCUCAGAGAGUCGGUUUUUGUUUGUUUGGGGAUGUCUGUAGACACGGCAGGAGUCACAGGACAGUUUUAAAAUAACCUUUUGUCCGGUAUCUCGCAAACACACUGUCAGCAGUGUCUCUAGUUGCCAACAGCGAGCUGGGGUAGUUUGUUUUACGUCUCAGGCCCUCAGCCUGUGCCGUGAGAGGGCGGAGUUAGCCGUUUGAGAGAGUGGUGAAUGUGCUGUUUAAAAGGCUAAUCUGGGGGACGCAGGCGAACAUAACGAACAAACCGCUGUUCAUGAUUCCACUGGUUUGCAAAGAGGAAGGCACGAUUCGAACUCAGUCAGAUCAAUAAUAUAAGCCGUUCUGAGCUUUGAUCAACGCUGGGAGCAAUAUUAAGAUGCUGACCCGUAAUUGAUUUUGUUUAUUGUGUACAAAAUCUUUUAAAUGUUUUUAUUAGAAACAUUUACCGAGGUCCGGUCUGUCCUCAUAUAGUUAGGGCCUGAAUACAGUUUUUGACUAUGUGUGUUGGUUACAGGACUCCUGUGAGGCAGCAGACGACUCAGUCCUGGACAUGGUGGACUACUGCCACCGCAAACCUACCCUCCCGGCCAGCAGAGCAUCCAGGGAUGACACUCCAACCCAGGGCAGACUCAGUCACACAGAGAGUGGGGACUCAUCCUCUGUACAGGUACAGGAUGGAUUCCUCUUUACAGGAGCUGUCUGGGUUCCAGUUACUACAACAUAGGCAGGCCAUUGCAAGUCAGGAUAGUGUAGUUGCUUUGGUCGGUGGUGUGGAUUGUAAAUGUUCUGUUGUGCUGUGUGUCUGAUGCAGGAUUUGCAGGGGCAGAAUGCGGCACUAGAGUUUGAAAUUUCCCUCAAGGCUCUGUCUGUCCUGCGUUACAUCACUGAUCAUACUGACAGGUGGGAGAGUCACAUGUAAGAUCUUAAUUUGGUCACCCUGUUGCAGGAUAACUUUCUUGCAAUGCGGGAAAUGUAAAACUUGUAGUGUAUUUGAGGUUUAAAAAAGCUUCUGAACUCCUACAAAAAUUUCAUGAAUUCUAAUCCACAAAAUAAUUCACAUUUCCUGUUGUAGCAAACUGGCUCAAAUUAAGAUCUUACAUCUGUAUCAUUUUUCAGAUACUUUACAUACUAUCAGAAUAGAAGAGUGAUACUGUUAGAUACUUUUUUUCCAGUUGUCGUGGUGAAAAGGCUUGUUUGUGCUUUCUCUCACACUCAGUAUAGUGUAUAAGAGUGUGCACCAACUCACUGUGUGUGUCAGCUGUGAGACCCCUGGAGUCGUACCUGCUGUGCAGUGAGAACCUCAUACAACUGACCCUGUGUUUGUCAAAAACAACAGUACAAAUGAGCUGGAGAAGCAUCGGGCCAAUUAUAUAACCUGCAAGAGAUCCUGGGUAAAAUGAGCAAUAACUAUUGAGGGUUGGGCGGCUAAUUUCAGAUGGGCGGUGUACAGGUGCAGUGAUCGGUAAGGUGCUCUGACAACUGAUGCUAAAGUUUAGUGAGGAGAUAAGUGUCUCCAGCUUCAGAGAUUUUGCAAUUUGUUCCAGUCAUUGGCAGCAGAGAACUGGAAGGAAUUGCGGCCAAAGGAGGUGUUGGCUUUGGGGAUGACCAGUGAGAUAUACCUGCUGGAGCGCAGACUACAAGUAUUCUUGCAAAUUGACAAAUCAUACAAUUUCCACAUACCCCCAUCUACAUACAUUAUAUACAACAUAUGCCAUUUAGCAGUCACUUUUGUCCAAAGCGAGUUACAGUCAUACAUGCAUACUUUUUUUUAUAUAUGGCUGGUUGUGGAAAUCGAACCCACUAUCCUGGCGUCGCAAGCGCCAAGCUCUACCAACUGAGCUACAGAGGACCAUCUAUGGGAUAAUACAAUUAUCCUGCAACGUGGUCCUCUGUAGCUCAGCUGGUAGAGCACGGCGCUUGUAACGCCAUAAUAACAUUAUGUCAAAACAAUGGGUGUCUUUUUACCUACAAUGCCUUCAGAAAGUAUUCAUACCCCUUGACUUAUCCACAUUUUGUUGUGUUACAGCCAGAAUAAUACAAAAAAGAACAUCUCAUCCAUCUACACAGAAUGCCUCAUUUUGACAAAGUGAAAACAUGUUUUAAGCAAAUUUAUUGAAAAUGAAAUACAGAAAUAUCUCAUUUACAUAAUUAUUUACAGUGAGGGGGAAAAAGUAUUUGAUCCCCUGCUGAUUUUGUGCGUUUGCCCACUGACAAAGAAAUUAUCAGUCUAUAAUUUUAAUGGUAGGUUUAUUUGAACAGUGAGAGACAGAAUAACAUUAAAAAAAAUCCAGAAAAACGCAUGUCAAAAAUGUUAUAAAUUGAUUUGCAUUUUAAUGAGGGAAAUAAGUAUUUGACCCCCUCUCAAUCAGAAAGAUUUCUGGCUCCCAGGUGUCUUUUAUACAGGUAACGAGCUGAGAUUAGGAGCACACUCUUAAAGGGAGUGCUCCUAAUCUCAGCUUGUUACCUGUAUAAAAGACACCUGUCCACAGAAGCAAUCAAUCAAUCAGAUUCCAAACUCUCCACCAUGGCCAAGACCAAAGAGCUCUCCAAGGAUGUCAGGGACAAGAAUGUAGACCUACACAAGGCUGGAAUGGGCUACAAGACCAUCGCCAAGCAGCUUGGUGAGAAGGUGACAACAGUUGGUACGAUUAUUCGCAAAUGGAAGAAACACAAAACAACUGUCAAUAUCCCUCGGCCUGGGGCUCCAUGCAAGAUCUCACCUCGUGGAGUUGCAAUGAUCAUGAGAACGGUGAGGAAUCAGCGCAGAACUACACGGGAGGAUCUUGUCAAUGAUCUCAUGGCAGCUGGGACCAUAGUCACCAAGAAAACAAUUGGUAACACACUACGUCGUGAAGGACUGAAAUCCUGCAGCGCCCGCAAGGUCCCCCUGCUCAAGAAAGCACAUAUACAGGGCCGUCUGAAGUUUGCCAAUGAACAUCUGAAUGAUUUAGAGGAGAACUGGGUGAAAGUGUUGUGGUCAGUUGAGACCAAAAUGGAGCUCUUUGGCAUCAACUCAACUCGCCGUGUUUGGAGGAGGAGGAAUGCUGCCGAUGACCCCAAGAACACCAUCCCCACUGUCAAACAUGGAGGUGGAAACAUUAUGCUUUGGGGGUGUUUUUCUGCUAAGGGGACAGGACAACUUCACCGCAUCAAAGGGACGAUGGACGGGGACAUGUACCGUCAAAUCUUGGGUGAGAACCUCCUUCCCUCAGCCAGGGCAUUGAAAAUGGGUCGUGGAUGGGUAUUCCAGCAUGACAAUGACCCAAAACACACGGCCAAGGCAACAAAGGAGUGGCUCAAGAAGAAGCACCUUAAGGUCCUGGAGUGACCUAGCCAGUCUCCAGACCUUAAUCCCAUAGAAAAUCUGUGGAGGGAGCUGAAGGUUCGAGUUGCCAAACGUCAGCCUCGAAACCUUAAUGACUUGGAAAAGAUCUGCAAAGAGGAGUGGAACAAAAUCCCUCCUGAGAUGUGUGCAAACCUGGUGGCCAACUACAAGAAACAUCUGACCUCUGUGAUUGUCAACAAGGGUUUUGCCACCAAGUACUAAGUCAUGUUUUGCAGAGGGGUCAAAUACUUAUUUCCCUCAUUAAAAUGCAAAUCAAUUGAUAACAUUUUUGACAUGUGUUUUUCUGGAUUUUUGUUGUUGUUAUUCUGUCUCUCACUGUUCAAAUAAACCUACCAUUAAAAUUAUAGACUGAUCAUGUCUUUGUCAGUGGGCAAACGUACAAAAUCAGCAGGGGAUCAAAUACUUUUUUCCCUCACUGUACAUUUACAUUUUAGUCAUUUAGCUGACGCUCAGGAGCAAUUAGGGUUAAAUGCCUUGCUCAAGGGCACAUCGGCAGAUUUUUCACCUAGUCGACUCGGGGAUUAGAACCAGCGACCUUUCGGUUACUGGCACAACGCUCUUAACCACUAAGUUACUCCCCUGAGUCAAUACUUUGUAGAAGCACCUUUGGCAGCGAUGACAACUGUGGGUCUUUCUGGGUAAGUUUAUAAGCUUUCCACACCUGGAUUGUGUAACAGUUGCCCAUUAUUAUUUUCAAAAUUCUUCAAGCUCUGUCAAAUUGAUUGUUGAUCAUUGCUAGAUAAUUAUUUUCAGGUCUUGCCAUAGAUUUUCAAGUACAUUGUCUUCAGAAAGUAUUCAAACCCCUUGACUUUCAAUUAGAUUUAAGUCAAAACUGUAACUCGGCUACUCAGGAACAUUCACUGUCUUCUUGGUAAGCAACUCCAGUGGCCUUGUGUUUUAGGUUAUUGUCCUGCUGAAUGGUGAAUUCAUCUCCCAGUGUCUGGUGGAAAGCAGACUGAACCAGGUUUUCCUCUAGGAUUUUACAAGAAGCCACCACUAUGCUUGAAAAUAUGGAGAGCGGUACUCAGUAAUGUGUUGUAUUGGAUUUGCCCCACACAUAACACUUUGUAUUCAGGACAAAAAGUUAACUGCUUUGCCACAUUUUUGCUGUAUUACUUUAAUGCCUUGUUGCAAACAGGAUGCAUGUUUUGGAAUAUUUGUAUUCUGUACAGGCUUCCUUCUUUUCACUUUGUCAAUUAGGUUAGUAUUGUGGAGUAACUUCAAUGUUGUUGAUCCAUCCUCAGUUUUCUCCUAUCACAGCCAUUAAACUUUGUAACGGUUUUAAAGUCACUAUUGGCCUCAUGGUGAAAUCCCUGAGCGGUUUCCCUCCUCUCUGGCAACUGAGUUAGGAAGGACGCCUGUAUCUUUGUAGUGACUGGGUGUAUUGAUACACCAUCCAAAGUGUAAUUAAUAACUUCACCAUGCUCAAAGGAAAAUUCAAUGUCUGCUUUUUUUAUUUGACCAAUCUAUCAAUAGGUGCCCUUCUUUGCGAGGCAUUGGAAAACCUCCCUGGUCUUUGUGGUUGAAUCUGUUCACUGCUCGACUGAGGGACCUUACAGAUAAUUGUAUCUGUGGGGUACAGAGAUGAGGUAGUAAUUCAAAAAUCAUGUUAAACACUAUUAUUCAGUCCAUGCAACUUAUUAUGUGACUUGUUAAGCAAAUUUUUACUCCUGAACUUAUUUAGGCUAGCCAUAACAAAGGGGUUGAAUACUUAUUGACUAAAGAUAUUUCAUCUUUUCAUUUUGUAUUAAUUUGUAAAAAUGUUGAAAAACAUAAUUCCACUUUGACAUAAUGGGGUAUUAUGUGUAGGCCAGUGACAAAAAACCCUCAAUUUAUUCCAUUUAAAAUACAAAAUGUGGAAAAAGUCAAUGGGUGUGCAUACUUUGUGAAGGGAUCAUCAACUAGCGGAUGUUCAGGGGGCCGGAACAUAAUGACAAAUAAUUUGUAGACUGCAAAUUGACGGCAAGAAGCCCAAACAGAUAUAAUAUUUGACAAAAACAUGCGUGGGAAUACUUGGGAACAGAUUUCCAAAAUUAAAAUGACUUAGAGCUGAUUUCCUGGUGUUUUUACAGUCUUUUAUGUUCAACAAUGAAAAAUCGAAAUAGUUUUUUUUCUCCAUUUUUUUACUUGGGAGCGUGGGGGGGGCAAAUAAAACCAUUUGGGCCAUGGGCCGCCAGUUGGGGAACCCUGGCCUGGUUGUUACAGUGUAGAAGACCCACAUAUCACUACCUGUCCUUUGUCUCCCUCUACAGGAGAGAUAGAGAAGUACAUGAAUGGAAAGUGGCAAAAGGUUCCAUCUGAAUGAAGACUGUCUGAAGAUGACUAAUUGGGGUCUGGAUUGCUCUGUACAACCUGGUGCUAAAGGAAGACUGCCAAAGGAAAUAUGACUUCAACAACUUCAACAAGAACCAUCUCUUAAAGGUACAGUAGCCUCAGCCAGUACUGGCGCUUCUGACAAGAGUGGCCUCUGAACCCUAACUGUCAAAACUAUAGCUCAGGAAGAAUGUCUGUGCAUUGUCCUUCAAAAUCUUUUCUUAUCUCCCCUCCAAUUAGAAGACAGAUGAAGUAUCCAGUUACUGUUUUGACUGGUGUUUUCUCUUACUAUUAUUUCCAUGAUUGACUCUCCUUCCUGAACGUACGUGAGGAUAGAAUUAUGAGCUCUGGGAACUUUGCAGGAUGCAUAGGUGGUCUAUCAGACAGACCACAAUGCAGACCGCAGUACAAUAAAAGUCUAACUCAAACUGAAACUUAAACCAUGAAAUGUCUGAAAAUCACCCUAUAUAUUUUGUGUGUAGCUACGAGGUUUCCUGACGGAAGUGUUAAUUGACCAGCUGCCCAACCUGGUGGAGCUCCAGCGCUUCCUCAGUCACCUCAUU